AUGGCUUGUGAUCCGUCCGUGAGAGGCUACCACAUCCUCAAGGUCGACGGAUACUCAAGAACAAGAAGCAUCUCCAAGUACAGCGUCGCCCCCGGCUUUGAGUCAGGUCCCUUCCGCGUGGGAGGCCAUACUUGGAUAAUCGGCUACUACCCCAGGGGACGAAGCUACUCGGGACCAACCUACAAAGGCUUCAUCUCUUUCUGUCUCUAUCUUGUUGAUCCCGUUGCUGAUCAAUCCGUGAAAGUUAGGGCUACAUUCAGUUUUCUCGACCAUGACAUGAAAUUGAAACUAUAUAGCCGCCCGCCCACUACGUUUACCUUCUCGGAACAACUAGGAUGGCAUGGAUACCAAACACUCGUCGCAAAGACAGCGUUGGCUAAUAAGUGUCUCAAACACGACUGCUUUGCCCUUAGGGUCGAUCUACUUAUUAUCAAGGAGGAGGGGGAGCCAUCAUCAUCUAUAGCGCUGCCACCAUCUGACAUGCACCUUCAUCUCGGCGAUCUCCUGUCAAGCAAAGAGCACACUGAUGUUGAGUUCCAUGUCGGCGAAGAGACAUUUGCAGCACACCGACUAUUGCUUGGGGCUCGAUCAGCGAUCUUCAAGGCGGAGCUCUCUGCUGGCGAUCGCAAAACCACAAGGGUCAUACAAGUAGAUGAUAUGGAUCCACAAGUGUUCAGGGCUAUGCUUACUUUCAUAUACACAGACACAUGGCCAAAGCUUCAAAAAGAUUCAGCAAUGGCUCAACAGUUGCUUGUCGCGGCAGAUCGGUAUGGCCUGCAAAGACUAAAAUCGAUGUGUGAAUACAAGCUGUGCAAACGUAUUGAUCUCGACUCUGUGGAAGACAUAUUGCUUCUAGCAGAGAAGCAUCAGUGUGCAGCUCUCAAGGAGGCAUGCUUUGAUUUCAUUGGCUCCACGGCGACUCUGCUUUCAGCUCGAGAAAGUAUGCUUACACUUAGGAGAAGCCAAGAACUUCGGUUUAAUCGCCUCGUCUCACUUUGCCCUACUAUUACAAAGGACAAGAUUUUCAAUGUCCUUGAUCAUGAACCGGACCGCAACAGUGUUAUUAGAGGCAUCAACAUAACUUUAGACAUUGAGUAA